AUCCAGAUUGGGGGGUAUAUAAGUGACAGGAGAGUGUGGGAGACAGAACAGAGCGACUCACACUCACUGAGCAUGGCUGAACUAUACAUCUCUCUGCUGGUGGCUGCUCUCUGCAUUGGCACAGCUCAGUCCCUGCAGUGCUACACGUGUUUGGUUGCCACCAGCAAUGCCAACUGCAUGACCCCAACCAACUGCAGUUCAACCGACACCUCCUGUAUGACAGUUGCCAGUUCAGCAUUUGGUUUAACAGCCAUAAUGAAAUCCUGUAAGUCCAGUUGUUCCCCGGCAAAUACCAACCUGACCCUGGUCACUAGUUCAGUUUCCUGCUGCAGCUCCGACCUGUGUAACGUCAGCGGCUCCUCUGCUGUAAAAUACAGUUUCCCUGCGCUGGGCCUGUCCCUUGGCUUCCUAUUGGUCCUGCUCAGAAGCUCCGCCCAGUGAUGCCCUCGCGCUCCAUGAGCAGAAAGUCCAAGGAAAUGGUGUACAAAGAAGCUGAUCUAAGUAUGUGUGGAAGAAAUGAUACUCUAAAGCUUUCAGGUGGAUUUUCAAUGUAUUUUCCAUAAAUUUGGCUUUCUGAGGUCAACUUACUUUUAGGGGUUUUUACUCCAAAUAAAAUGCAAACAG